AUGGCCGGCAGGAAGUCUGUGUGUUGUGGUCUUUCUGCUCUGGAGGUGACGCUGGGCAUCCUCUUCAUCCUCAUGACGGCUGUGAGUGUGUCGCUGAUCGCGCUGAUGGUUACCUGGAAAACAGACACAGAGCCAGAGCCGACUCUUCCUCCUUCUCCAGAGACUGAAGGCAAACCGUAUCUGGUGGGAGUGGGCCGAGCUGACUGCACGGGGCCGCCGGCUGAAAUCCCUCUGGUCAGUAAAACACACACCAUGUCUGGGAGGAGGCUGAGAGAAGCUGUCAAACAGGAGCUGCAGUCGGAGGGGGCGUUCAAAGACUCUGAGGUGGUGAUAGCUGGUCUGAGUAACGUGUACACACACUACAUCACCACCUACGAGGAGUACCAGCUCCAGCGUUAUGAAGGAGCUUCGACCAUCUUCGGUCCGCACACGCUCAGUGCGUACAUUCAGAAAUACCGAGGCCUGGCCCGAGCCAUCGCUCAGGACAGAGUGUCGGCGCUGCCCUCCGGACCGUCGCCUCCUUUCUACGAGAAACUCUUCAGUCUUCUUUCUGCAGCGCCGGUCGACGGGAAGCCAGCGAACAGCAGCUUUGGAGACGUGUUGCAGCAGGUUAACCCGGUUUAUAGACAGGGCGACAUCGUCUCCGUGACGUUCGUGGCAGGAAACCCGAGACACUCCGGAGACCCGAGAGAUAAGACGUUCGUUACCGUGGAGAUUCACGACAACAGAACGGACAGCUGGGAGGUCGUCCACACUGAUGCAUCAUGGGAGACCAGGUUUCAUUGGCUGAAGGGUUCGAACCGUCAGAGCAACGUGACGGUUGAUUGGCUGAUCUCUCCGUUCGCUGCUAGCGGCUCGUACAGGAUCCGACACUUCGGACACUACAAGCGUCUGCAGGGCCUCCGACCCGUCGUCGCUCCGUACGAAGGAACGUCCGACGUCUUCAGAGUCGCCGCCAGCUUCUACUACCAGUGA